GUGUGGGAGACCAGCCAGCUGCCUGUCACCUCUCAGUGCUGCACGAGCUGGGGGCAGAGUGCUGUUCUCAGCACGUUUCCUGUCAUAGGUCAAACGAGAACGGCGGUUGGUGGUUUGGUGGGGGUUAAUGGUGGCGGUUCUCUGUGCGCCAGGGGGUUCUGGGUAAAGACAGGAGGGCCCUGUGGGAGGUUUGUUUGGGUGAAGGAUUGUUCGUGGCUUUAAAUUGUUUUUGGGGUUAGCAGGCCUGGGCCAUACGGCUGCUCAUUCCGUCCCUGCUCCUCUUCAUACCUUGCUGUUCCUAAAAUGGCCGCUGCUCACGUUCAUCAGCGCUCAGCUCUUGUGUGUGUAAAAAAAAAAAAAAAAGAAAAGAAAAAAAGCCACUGAAAUUUGAACUCACUGGGCAUGCUCUGUCUGAGCUGCGCUAAAGGAACCAACAGAGGGAGCAGUUGGGUCACAUGACUGGAGGUGGGUGAGUCGUGCAUUCAGGGAGGAGAAGGGAAGAGGAACAAUCUGUUCGAGUCUCCCUCUUCUUUUCAAUGGAGUCCACCAAGAGAGAGCAGCCCAGUCUGGUGAAGGGCGUGGCGGGGAAGGGAGAGCCAAUGAAGACAGAACUGAUGAAGGAGCCGCCUAGCAACAGAGGAGGUGAUGGAGAGGAGGGGGUCGUGGACGGGCGACCGGAGCCCCCCAGGGGAGAGGCGGAGCUGAACGGGACGUGCGAGCGGCCGGGGCCGGGGAAGUCCCCUCACAGCCCCGCCCCCCGGGCGGGGGGGAAGGCGGGGGGCGAGGCGGGCGGGUCGCCGCGGAUCCGGGAGAACGGCGUGGUCGACGGGGACCCCCCCCACGGCUCCGUCACCGGUAGCAACGGCUUCAUCCUCGGCGGCCAGCAGGAGGAGGAGGGCGGGGCGGCGGCGGCGGCGGCGGCCGCCUCACACAGGACUAGCGGGUCGCCCGCGGGCGCCGCUUUGGCGGGACACGCUGCCAAGACGCUCCCGCCCUCCUCCGGCCCGGCCCGAGCCCGGAAUAUUGGUGCAUCAAAGACUGACACGGGCGCAGGCGUGGGCGUGGGCGGGGCGACAGAGACUAAAAACGGGACGGCCCAACCCCCCUCGCAACCCGUCACCGUGCACCGGGCACGCAAGACCAUGGCGAGGCCCGCGUCCAACCAGUCGACACUAAAGCUUCUGAACAGGGAACUAAAAGAACCAAACGUCAGGAGAGAGGAGAGUCAGAGCGGACAGGAGGCGGAGAAACCCCCACAGACACCCCCACCUUCCCAAAACCAGCUACCUCGGGGCCAAAACGAAUCGGCUGCCGCCCCCGCCAAGACUCAGACAGCAUCGGCGGCCGUGUCGCGGAAGAAGAAGAGGAAGAUGGGGACGUACAGCCUCGUCCCCAAGAAGAAGACCAAAGUGCUGAAGCGCUCGGUACUGGAGAUUUUCAAGGACCUGAGCCGAGCCUCUCUGACUGCACAGAAGGAGCGAUUGCAUGUGAAUGGAGAGAGUGUGGAAAACGACUCCGAGGAGGAGGAGUCGGAGGACGGGGAGGGGGAGGAGUCAGAGGAAGAAGAAGAGCAGAGUGGUGAGGGGGCAGAGGAGGGCGUGGCCGCCCCCCAGGACGGGGACAGAAUGGAGGAAAGCAGUGCCCCUCAGGGCGAGGGUGAGGUGGGUGAGGAGCAGGAGACGGAGGAGUCAGGUGAUGAGGACGGAGAAGAGGAGGGCAACGACUCGGACCUGAGCUCCGAGUUCGGCCUGAAGAAGCGGCCGAAGAGAAAAGGGAAAGGCGACAACCCCUGGCUGCGCCCGUCCCGGAAGCGCAAGCGGAAGGCCCGAUCGAAGGCCGAGGGCCUCUCAGGCAAUGAGGCAGAGCCCCAGGCCCAGGCCGGCAUCAGUAAGGAGUACACGGAGGUGCCCCUGGACUCCCUCAACCUGAAGGCCCAGGAGGAGCUGCUCUCAUCCCAGCACUCAGGCGUGACCGAGGGCGGGGACGCCGCGGAGACGGACAUGGCGCAGGAGCUGCCGCUCUGCAGCUGCCGCAUGGAGACGCCGAAGAGCCGCGAGAUCCUCACGCUGGCCGACAGGAAGUGCAUGGCCACGGAGAGCGUGGACGGCCAGCUGACCCGGUGCCAGAGUGCCGUGCUGAAACAGGAAAUGAUGCGGCCCUCCAACACGGUGCAGCUGAUGGUUCUGUGCGAGGCCCACCGGGCCGGCAUAGUGCAGCACCAGUGCUGUCCCGGCUGCGGCUACUUCUGCAGGGCGGGGACCUUCAUGGAGUGCCAGCCGGACAGCAGCAUCUCGCACCGGUUCCACCGGGCCUGCGCCUCGGUCAUGAGGGGCCAGAGCUUCUGCCCGCACUGCGGCGAGGACGCCGGCAAGGCCAAGGAGGUCACCAUCGCCAAGGCCGACACCACCUCCCGCGUGCCCCCCGCCCCCGCCGCCGCCGCCGCCGGAGCCGCCGCCGGAGCCGCCGGCCUGACCGAGGGCCGGGCCGACACCACCACUGGCGGCCCGUCUGGUCUCUCGCUGUCCGGAGAGGACAAGGUGGACAGCUCCCUCUCCAAAUCCCCAGAGGUGCUUGACUCAUCCCCCGGGGGGUCCAAGGUGGGGCCGGGGGGCGUGGCUGGGGGGGUGGGGUCUCCGCCCGCACAGCCGAAAGAAACACUGGAGAGCAUCCUGCUGGCACUUGAUGCGGAGAAGCCCAAGAAGCUGAGGUUCCACCCCAAGCAGCUCUACAUCUCCGCCAAGCAGGGGGAGCUCCAGAAGGUGCUGAUGAUGCUGGUGGACGGGAUCGAUCCCAACUUUAAGAUGGAGAGCCAGAGCAAGCGCACGCCCCUGCACGUGGCUGCCGAGGGCGGGCACCAGGAGGUCUGCCACAUGCUCGUCCAGGCUGGUGCUAACCUCGACAUGUGCGAUGAGGACCAGAGAACGCCCCUGAUGGACGCCUGCGAGAACAACCACCUGGAAACGGUCCGCUACCUGCUGAGGGCCGGAGCCAUCGGCAGCCACAAGGAUGCGGAAGGCUCUACGUGUCUCCACCUGGCUGCUAAAAUAGGGCAUUAUGACAUCGUACAGCACCUCCUAUCCACUGGAAAUAUGGACAUCAACUGCCAGGACGACGGAGGCUGGACGGCCAUGAUCUGGGCGACGGAGUACAAGCACGUAGAACAGGUCAAGCUCCUGCUCUCCAGGGGGGCCGACAUCAACAUCAGAGACAAGGAGGAGAACAUCUGCCUGCACUGGGCCGCCUUCUCGGGCUGCGUGGGCAUCGCCGAGAUCCUGCUGGACGCCCGCUGCGACCUGCAGGCGGUCAACACCCACGGCGACUCGCCCCUCCACAUCGCCGCCCGCGAGAAUCGCAUCGACUGCGUGACGCUGUUCCUCUCGCGCGGGGCGGACGUGAACCUGAAGAACCGGGAGGGAGAGACGCCCCUGGAGUGCUGCAGCCACAGCUCCAAGGUGUGGAGCGCCCUGCAGGCCAGCAGGAAGCUGAGGGAGGCCAGAGGAAGCCGGGCCAGCCAGGGGGAGAAGGUCCUCAGCAGGGACAUCGCCCGGGGGUACGAGAAGGUCCCUGUCCCGUGUGUGAAUGGGGUGGACAGCGAGCCCUGUCCUGACAACUAUAAAUACGUCCCCGACAACUGUGUCACCUCCCCCAUGAACAUAGACAAGAACAUCACACACCUACAGUACUGCGUGUGCAAAGACGACUGCUCCUCCACCAACUGCAUGUGUGGCCAACUCAGCCUACGCUGCUGGUAUGACAGGGAGGGACGUCUGCUUCCUGAGUUCAGCCGUGAGGAGCCUCCGCUGGUGUUCGAGUGCAACCACGCCUGCUCCUGCUGGAGGACCUGCAAGAACCGCGUGGUGCAGAACGGCCUACGGACCCGACUGCAGCUGUUUCGAACCGGCAAGAUGGGCUGGGGGGUGAAGUCGCUGCAGGACAUAUCCCAGGGCACCUUCGUCUGCGAAUAUGUGGGGGAAAUUAUUUCAGAUGCUGAGGCUGACGUCAGGGAAAAUGACUCCUACCUGUUCAACCUGGACAGUAAGGUGGGUGACGUGUACUGCAUCGACGCCCGUUUCUAUGGAAACAUCAGCCGGUUCGUCAACCACAUGUGCGAGCCCAACCUGUUCCCCGUGCGGGUCUUCACCUCCCACCAGGACCUGCGUUUCCCCCACAUCGCCUUCUUCGCCAGCCGGAACAUCACUGCCGGGGAGGAGCUUGGGUUUGACUACGGGGACCACUUCUGGGAGAUCAAGGGCAAGUUCUUCAGCUGCCAGUGCGGCUCGACCAAGUGCAGGCACUCUGCGGCCGCCAUCGCCCAGAGGCAGGCCGACAGCACCCCCGAGGGCAACCAAUCGGGGGCCCUGCCCGACACCAGCUCCUCCCCCACCACGCCCUCCAGCCCCUGUUGAGACCCGCCCCCUGGCCCUGGCCCCGCCCCCAUGGCCCUACCCAGCCAUUAGACCCGCAACCCCCCAGUCACACCGCACCAGCACAAGCCCCGCCCCCCCAAACCUAUCCCAGGACCACGCCCUCAUUCACAGCCAGCCUUCUCAUUGGUCAGUGUACGUGUACAGAUGCCUGUAUGUGUCCCAGCGCCUCUCACAGCCUGCUGGGUCCUUGCAUUUCAGUCCCCUCCCUCUCCCCAGCCACGCCCAUGUCUUUGCUCAGAGUGCGAGGAACAUGGGAGGCUUUGUGAAAAUUGAAUCCACUUUUAACUUCUUCUUUUGUAGUUUGGAUUUUGAAUUUGCCGCCUCACUCUGGUUAUCCCAGGGUGACAGGACACAGCCCUCACCACCCCCCCCCCCCCCCCCCCAAAAAAAAAAAUGGAGGUUCUUUUUGCUCUUUUAAGCAAUGGUUUCAACAAUGACUCAUCUACAUGUAUCUAGAUCCAAGAGGCAAAUUAACAAAGAUUGUAAAUUACCCAGCAUGCAUCUGUAGCAUAUGAGUAGGUUGGUUAUGCCCUUUUGGCCUCCUUUACGCAACACAAUUAAAUGACAGUAAUGACGAUUUAAAAAAACAAAAAAAAAAAAUUUAUUUACCUCAUUAAGCUCUGUGUUGUCAGUCCACAGGGAAAUGGUGGACAUUUUAAAGGUUAUAUGUCACAUUAAAUUUGUUUCAUUCCUCCGAAGAGUUAGAUGAGAUUUAGACGUUUAAGAGGGGUAAACAUGGUGAUAACAGCACUGUGGAAUCACCAGUUUUUAGUUCUGUUUUUAACUCACAGCCCCUGACAUCUUGUUUAAUUAUUGAAAUUUAUUAUUAGUAUUUUUAUGCUGUCCAUAAUGUUUCAGGUUGUGUUUUCAGGGUGGUCUUUUGGAGAUUAACUGUUGAAUGCAAGUGUGGACCUCAGUCUGUCAGCCGUCUUCUGAUUGGACGCCGUUAUUAGCUGCACAUCAACUACCAAUCAGGGGGCAUAAACCUGCCGGUCAGUGGUGCUCACGAAAUGUCGCUCGUCUCUGUGGACUCCUUCGUCUCGAGCUGGCCGCCAGCUUGUUUUCCAACACAAGGACAUCACCUCUCCUGGGGAGCACUUUCCCCCGCGGAGUCUCAGGGGUCGGCCCGUAAAAACAUGGAACGUGUGUGCGUGUGAGAGAGAGAGGGAGAGAGGGAGAGGGAGGGAGAGAGAGAAAGAGAGAGAGAGCAAGGGAGAGCAAGGGAGAGACGGAGACAGCGUGGGACAGCCUGACUAGCUGCAGACUGCCGCCUUUCGUUAAUCCUCCUGUCAUUUGUCAUUUUCAUGACAAAAUAGCAGACGGCCAGCUUUGCAAUCAAAGGCACGUCCAUAACGGCAAGCUUUAUGAGGCACAAGUGUGGUAAUCUUUUUUUUAAAAGUCAAAAAAAUCAUACAAACCUUGAAAUAUUUGGGGGGUGAAGUUUGGGGGUCAGAAUUAGCUGGGGACAAGAAAAUGGUGCUGACUAAGGUGUUUUUUUUCCCCUUUAUUUUGUAUUACCCGCCAAGUGAAUACGACUUGUAAAAUAAGAGGAAGUGAGUUUUUUUCUCCUUUUUUUACAUUUAAAUUUACCUCCAGUUUUCUAACUGUAGUAAUUGUAGUUAGUAGAUUUUGUUUCAUGGACAAAGCUCAUUAUUCCCCAUGUCUUUUUAAAUGUGGUUAGUAUGGUAGUCUAUCUUGUGCAGAUUCUCAGAGAUGAGUACAAAUGAAAAGACAAAAAAACAAUAUUACAUUUCUUUACUUUCUGUUACAUACUUUCUGGACAUUGAAAUAUGAUGCUCUGUCUAAUUGGUUGUAUCUUUCUUUUUUCAAUAAAUUUACUACUAAUGACCA